AUGGCGAGUCUGUAUUUCGGCUCGCAUCGAUUGGUGAAUAUUCGACAACUGAUCGCCCUACUAUUGGUGGAAUUCGACUUGUCUCAAAUUCAACCAAUCAGAUUUGGGGAUUUUAACGAAUGCACUUGGCGCGAAUCCGACACACACACAGACAGACACAGAAAUUCACCAGUAAAUGUGAGAAAGAAAGAUAGUGGCAUCUAUAGGUCUCGAUUUCCAGUCGGCACUUUGAUGCGGGCCUCCAGUUUACUCUGCCUCCUCGGCCCCGGACCGCCCUGGCAUUAG